CUCAAAGGUCCAACGGAUUUGAAAAAAAAAAAAAAAAUGACCACUGAUUAAUAUCCACAGCAGACAAAGGCACUCAUAAACAUUUUAUAACUUUUGUGGCCUAUAAAUGCAUACAUCCACAUUCAUGUCGGUAUUUACAAUUUCAUAUCAAUAGUUACGUAUAAACAUAUAAUCAGAAAAUGGUGGUCAAAGUAUAUGGGCAGAUAAAAGCAGCUAAUCCACAAAGAGUAUUGCUCUGCUUUUUGGAAAAAGACAUCGAGUUUGAAGUAAUUCAUGUCGAUCUCGAUAAACUUGAACAGAAAAAACCACAACAUCUUCUUCGUCAGCCGUUUGGUCAAGUUCCAGCUAUUGAAGAUGGAUAUCUGAAGCUUUUUGAAUCGCGAGCCAUAGCGAGGUACUACGCGACAAAGUAUGCGGACCAAGGAACGGACCUAUUGGGCAAGACUUUGGAGGGACGAGCCAUUGUGGACCAGUGGGUGGAAGUUGAGAAUAACUAUUUCUACGCUGUGGCUCUACCCUUAGUUAUGAACGUCGUCUUUAAGCCCAAGUCUGGUAAGCCAUGCGACGUCGCUUUGGUUGAGGAGCUAAAGGUCAAGUUCGACAAGGUCCUGGAUGUGUAUGAGAACCGGUUAGCUACGAACCGGUACUUGGGCGGUGAUGAAUUCACAUUAGCUGAUUUGAGUCAUAUGCCCGGUAUGAGAUAUAUCAUGAAUGAAACCAGUUUGAGUGGUUUGGUUACGUCUCGAGAGAAUCUCAACCGGUGGUGGAAUGAGAUUUCGGCUAGACCGGCUUGGAAGAAGCUCAUGGAAUUGGCUGCCUAUUAAUUUGUCUAGUAGUUCUUGUAGUCCUCCGUUAAUGGCUUGAGUCAAGCCGCUUGACGCUUGUACUCCAUUCAAAUAUUUGAUGAUAUACUAAUUUAAAUUUGGAUCGUCUA